AUGAAAACUAUUCAUCCUCUAGUUAAGAAUGUAGAAUACGCCGUUCGUGGUGCUUUACCUAUUCGUGCUGAAGCUUUAAGUGAGAAACUAAGAAAAGAUCCUUCUAAACUAAACUUUGAUAAAGUUAUUUUCUGUAAUAUUGGGAAUCCACAGCAAUUAAAUCAAAAGCCUAUUACGUUCUUCAGACAGGUUGCAUCUCUUUGUGAGAAUCCAGAUUUAUUAAAAGCAGAAAAUAGAUUACUUGUUUCAAAAUUAUACCCAGCUGAUGCUAUUGCACGCGCAGAAGUUCUUUUAAAACAUAUUGGUAGUGUGGGCGCUUAUUCUCAUUCAAAAGGCAUCGCUCAUAUUCGUGAAAAUGUUGCAAAAUUUAUUGAACAGCGUGAUGGUUAUCCUUCAAACCCAGAUGAUAUUUUCUUGACACAGGGCGCAUCAGAAGGUGUUCAGAGAGUGAUUCAUCUUUUAACACAAGAUAAGCAGGUAGGAAUCAUGAUUCCUAUUCCACAAUACCCUCUUUAUUCUGCCACUGUUUCUUUAGUAGACGCUGCACCUGUACCUUAUUAUCUUAAUGAAAAGGAAGAUUGGGGUCUAGAUCGUGAUGAUCUUGAAAAGUCUUUAGAAGAAGCUCAAAAAAAGGAUAUAAAUGUUCGUGCUCUUGUUAUUAUUAAUCCUGGUAAUCCAACAGGUCAAUGUCUUUCAGAAGAAAAUAUUCGUGAAAUUAUUCGUUUUUGUCAUGAAAAGCGUAUUGUAUUAUUAGCAGAUGAGGUAUACCAAAGUAAUAUCUACCAACCUCAACAUCGUCCUUUCCAUAGUUUUAAAAAGGUACUCAGGUCUAUGGGUCCUGAAUAUCAGGAUCAAGAGCUUUUCUCAUUUCAUUCAACUUCAAAGGGUAUGAUUGGUGAAUGUGGUCGACGUGGGGGUUACUUUGAAUGCGUUAAUAUUGAUACGGAAGUAAUGGAUCAACUCUAUAAAAUUGCUUCUAUUUCAUUAUGUCCUAAUGUACAUGGUCAGAUUAUGGUAGAUCUCAUGACAAAUCCUCCUGUUGAAGGUGACCCUUCAUAUCCCCAGUAUAAGGCCGAAAUCGAAGCUAUUUAUCAAUCACUUACACGUAGAGCCGAAAAGCUUGCUAAAUGCUUUAAUAAUCUAGAAGGUGUAACUUGUAAUGAUGCUGAAGGAGCUAUGUAUUUAUUCCCUAGAAUUAGAUUGUCUAAAAAAGCAAUCAAGGCUGCUGAGGAUGCAGGUAUGACUCCUGAUAGUUUCUAUUCUAUGGCUAUGUUGGAUACUACAGGUGUUUGCGUAGUCCCAGGUUCUGGAUUUGGCCAAGAACCUGGAACAUAUCAUUUCCGAUCUACUUUCCUUCCUGAAGAAAACCUUUUUGAAGACUUUUGUCAUAGUCUUAAACAAUUCCACAGUAAUUUUAUGGAUAAAUAUAGAGAUUAA